ACAGCCAGCUUGGACGUAGGCAACAGACAGAUUCUUUUCAUACACCUGCAAAGUGGAACGGAUAACCAUCAUGCAUCGUUGGUCUCUCUUUGCCUUGCUCUUGGUCACCUGCAUAGAUGUCUCCAUACAGAAGAAGAUAAAACUAGCCCCUCAAACUCUCUCAAGAGGAUGGGGGGAUGACAUUACCUGGGUCAAGACAUAUGAGGAUGGACUAAAGACGAUGAAAGAAAGUAAGAGGCCUCUGAUGGUCAUUCAUCAUUUGCAGGACUGUCCUCACAGUCAAGCUCUAAAGAAGGCCUUUGUUGCUGACAAAACCAUACAGAAAAUGGCCAAAAGUGAUUUUGUUAUGCUCAAUUUGACGCAUGAAACUACAGACAAGAAUCUGGCACCUGAUGGUCAUUAUGUUCCAAGAAUCCUAUUUGUUGAUCCGUCCAUGACUGUGCGAACAGAUAUUGUUGGAAAGUACAGUAACUCACGGUACAACUACGGGCCUAGCGACAUGGCUUUGUUGGCUGAGAACAUGAAGAAAGCAAAGCUUCUGCUGCACACUGAACUGUGACACCACAGCCUUUUAAACACUGUACCCAUAAGCCACUGGGCUCAUUCUUACUCUUGGAAUCAACAGCAAAAACCUUCCCUGUGCUUCAUUGAGUCUGGGACAAUCACAUUUACACAGAAUUGAUACAAUGAAUAAAAAAUAAAAAUGAUACUUU